AUGCCUCCAACACGACCAUAUGGCCUGAUUGCCCUUGUGGCCCUGUUAGUGCUUGGCAUGGGCUACUGGGCAUACCCGCGGUUGCAGGACGAAAUGCCUCGUCUCAGCCCAGUCUCCAGCACGCUGUCGCCGCCGCCAUCAUCAGAUUCCUUCGAGCCGAAACGCAUCUUUAGCUGGCCGAACCGCCCGGCGGCGCCCCCGAAAAAGGUCGACCGGGCCUUGAUCCUGUUCACGUACGCCGAGUCCGAGGCGUCGCGCCAGAACCUGCUGUUCUUCGUCAAGCACGGCCUCCACGGCGCUGCCGAUUUCGUCUUCGUCUUCAACGGCGACACCGACGCGCCCACCCUCGUCCCGUCCCGGAGGAACAUCAAGAUUGUAAAGCGGAACAGUACCUGCUUCGACUUGGGGGCCUCGGGGCAAGUUCUCCGGGAGAGCGACCUGUGGAAAGGGUACGCCAAGUUCAUCUUGAUGAACGCAAGUCUGCGGGGCCCGUUUUUGCCCUAUUGGACCGACAGCUGCUGGUCUGAUUUGUUCUUAUCCAAAGUCACCGACAAAGUCAAGCUUGUGGGCAUCACAGCAAAUUGUUCACCUCGGUUCUAUCUCCCGUCGAUGAUUCUAGCCACGGACAAGGUUGGCAUGGGUCUGCUCCUGGAUCCCAAAGCCGCCCUAGCGGCGUCCACCCCGGAUAUAUACGGCGGGGCCGACGACCCGGUCGGACUCAGCGGAUGUUACGAUAGCUGGCAGAAGGCCGUCCACGCCGAGAUAGGCAUGACCUCCAUCAUACUGAACGGCGGAUACGGCGUUGAUGUGAUGAUGUCCGGAUUCCACAGGGGCGUCGACCACAAGACCUACUGCGACAAGACCCAGGGGAUCGGGGACGUGCUGAAUCCCGAUCGGUAUUUCGGAUUCAACGUCCAUCCGUACGAGAUCGUGUUCAUCAACCCGAAUCGAGGCAUCACCCCGGUUUUGGUCGACAACUUGGGUACAUGGAUGGCAGAGGACGGAUAUUCAAGCGAAGAUAGGUGCAAGUCGCAGAAGCACAAAUAG